AUGGAUCAGCGUACCGCCUUCACUCUUGUUGACAAUGACGAUCCUCGACUGGCCCCGCACGAUCCAGAAAAGCGCCGAGCCGUGCCUAGAGACCUUCCGGAGCAGGAGGAGACGGGUUAUUAUGCCCAGGGACUUCAGCUAUUUCUGAUAUGUAUAUCCCUCUGCUUAUGUGUGUUUCUUGUUGGAUUGGAUGCAACCAUUCUAACGACAGCCAUCCCAAGCAUUACUGAUGAGUUUGGCUCGGUAGAGGAUGUCGGUUGGUAUGAUGCUGCUUUCCGGCUCACAUCCUGCAUGUCACAGCUCUCCCAAGGAAGACUCUUCGAUAACUAUUCGAUCAAAUGGGUGUUUCUCUUUAACAACGGGAUUCUCAUAUCGGGGCUGGCUUCGAGCUCUCUGGUAUUCAUCAUCGGGCGUGCAAUCACUGGACUCGGCUUUUCCGGCAUCAGUCAGGGAUGUAUGGUAAUCGUUGCCAUUUCCACGCCCUUACGAAAACGCGCAACCUACCUUGGCUUCAUCAGCGCCAGUGAGUACACUGCCAUGGCCACUGCCCCUAUUAUUGGUGGCGCAUUGACUUCAUCCCUAUCUUGGAGGUGGUGCUUCUUUAUCAACCUUCCAACGGCCGCCGCGCCGGCAGCAAUGAUUUUAAUGCUCAAGCUGCCUAAUACGGCAUUGUGUAGCAACAAGAAGUCGCAGAUCGAGCGAUUGCGAGAGCUGGAUCUCUUGGGGUGUUUCUUCUUCGCCCCGGCUGUACUUUGUCUCUUGCUUGCCUUACAAUGGGGCGGAUCAACUUACAGCUGGAGUAAUGCUCGUAUCGUUGCCAUCCUCCUUCUCGCACCCCUAUUUUUCGUGGUGUUUUGUUUUAUCCAACACGUCAAACAAGAUAGCGCUAUGCUGCCACCGCGCAUAAUCAAAAAAAAAGUGAUUCUCGCUGGGGCCUUGUUUAGCCUGUCACUGUCGGCAUGUCGGGCGAUCGUGCAAUACUAUCUCGCAAUAUGGUUUCAGACAGUUCGUGGUACCACGGCGCUACAGUCUGGCAUCUGCACAUUACCUAUGGUGAUUGCAAUUCUCGUCUCCGCCAUUGGUACAGGUCCCCUCAUGUCCAAGACUGGAAUAUAUACCCCAAUUAUGAUUCCCGCAGGCUUUUUGGUCGUGGCUGGUAUGGGUAUUAUGACUAGCUUCUCCUCUGAAACCCCCAAAAGACUUUGGAUCCCGUCACUCAUUCUUCUGGGUAUCGGGUCCGGAAGUAGCGUUUCGAUCCCAUUCAUUGCGGCGCAAGCUGUGUUGGGUUUGGGAGAUUUAUCUGCGGGAAUGGCCCUAAUGACCUUCUCUCAGGAUCUCGGGGAAGCAGUCUUUAUUAGUAUAGCUCAGGCAAUCUUUUUAAAUCGCCUCUCGAGCGCCCUGCAAAUCACAGCGCCGGAACUCGACCCUGAAAGCGUGAUUCAUCUGGGCGCAACCAACUUAGCAGGAAAAAUCCCUUCACAGGACGUGGCGGCUGUCGCUUUUUCAUAUAAUCUUGCAGUACGAUCGACCUUCUACUUGGCGGUUGCUCUGGCCGGGGUAUUGAUCCUUGCCGCUUUACCACUCCAGAAGAGUCCGCUAAAGGUUGGGAGAAAGUCCACCUGA